AUGAGAGGCGAGCCCACACCUGCACUAGACUCUGGGAACAAUACAGCCUUGGAGGAAUACGUUGAAAUCGCAUUUGUGCUGGCGAACAGCUUUAUUCUCUCCAGCACUUCUGUUGUGGGGGCUGCGGCAAAUGUUUUUGUCAUACUGGCGGUGUAUCGGCAAAAGUCCCUGCAAACUUCCAUUAACGCGCUGGUGGUCAGUCUGGCUGUUAUAGACUUUCUGAGAUGUGUAAUCGAUUGCCCGGUUCUCUUAACCAUCGUUGUGAGUGUGUAUCGAAACAGAAAAGUGGACAGUUUCAUCUGUGAUAUACAAAUGGCCUCUUUUUCAUUCAGCUGCUGUAUCCAGCUGUUAACACUGGCGUGCAUAAGUGCAGAGAGAUACCAGGCCAUUGCACAGCCCUUCAAAGCCAAUCAAAGGAAAAGGCGAAUUAAGGCGCUGAUUCCUCUCACAUGGACCUUCGCUAUUCUGGUGUCUGCUUUUUGUGUGAUAUUUUUGAGGGACUCACCUUUGCAUAUGAAAUGCCAACGGCAACAGAGAGAAACGUUAUUCUCUUAUGACAAAUUUGGGCUUUACAUGCUAUUCCCACUGUGGGCAGCGUGUUUUGGUGUCAUCAUUGGAUUCUACGCUCGCAUAUUUGCCCUGGUGAGAUCACACAGCCGUAAAAUAUUUGACAAAGGUACUUUUACUCUUGCUACAAAAGACAAAAAUGAAGAGAAGCCGGAGAAAGAAAAAGCCGCAGUGGUGCAAAAUGAAUGUGGAAGAUUUGAGCAAAACCCCACUUUGAGCUUAGGCAAUGCUCAGACACAAGCUGAAUCAAAUUCACCCAAGGAAAAAUCAGUACAAUCUGUCUCCAUCAAUUCAGAGGAUAAGAAAGAAUUUAAAGAUACAGUGAAGAUGAGCAAUGCAGAAACAAAACAAGCUCGGCCCCUUCCAGUACAGGCUACAGUGCUUACUGAGAAAAAACCUUUAAAAACAGAGCAGUCAAACCCCCAUGUCAUGAAGGUUGAAGUGAAUCUGUCAAAUGGAGAUGCUGAUUCAAAUGUUAAGAGCUUAACCACAAAGCAGGCGUCAGUCAGUUUCAACACACAGGAACAAUCCGAAGACAGACUGAAGUCUGAAGAAGAAUCCAAAGAAAACAGCCUCCUGCAGCCCCCAUCAUUGCCUGCACCAAAUGUAAAUUCUCAGUCUACUACUAUCUUACUGACAGAGCCUGACCAAGCCCUAAACAGCAAUGAAGGAGAAACACUGACUGUUGCCUCACAGGCUCAGGUGACCGCUUCACCUCCAGUCUCAAGCAACGUCCCCGAAACAGAAGCAAUGCAACUCCCUGCAGCGGUAGAAGGGGCUGUUUGCAUGAUGCCUUCAAAAGCAAGUAGAGAGAGAGCAAACAAAAAGAAAGAGGGCAAAAUGGCUAAACGUGCUGGCUAUAUAAUUCUAACCUUCCUCUUAUUCUGGUUACCACUGAUCACAACGAAACUGGUGAAUUACUUGAUACGCAAAAACACAAACUCACAGAUAAUUAUCAUUGAAGACAUGGAGGUCCUGUCAGUGUCUGUUGCCUGCCUCACGUCACUAAGUGACCCAAUCAUAUACGCUGCAGUAAACCCUCAGUUUUCUUCAGAAUUUUAUCGGCUGAAAAAUAGGAUGAAGUCCAUAUUUCAUAAGAAAAGAUAG